ACAAAUCGCUCUGUUGGAUAAGGUCUCGACUCGAGGCUGCUACGCUGCUACACUGCAACUACGAAGAAGAAGUAGUAACACCCCCCAAAACAAAAACAAAAACAAAAAAUGUCAUUUCAUCAUCUAUGCUCCUCUCCUUCAUCUCUUCUCCACGACCCUCUUCCUCUCUGCAACCUUCUCUCAGUGUAUCCCAAAUCCACUCCAAGAAGCUUCUUCUGCUCAUACAACCCCAAUUCUUCUCCUUCCCACUCCAGAAACCUUCUCCAAGCAACCCAUGUUUCAGUACAAGAAGCGAUUCCUCAAGAAACCCGGACCGAAAAAUCCAAACUUGAUGAGGAUCUUCCAUUACCAGAACCUCCUGCAGCUUCCAAAAGCUACGUCUGGGUUAAUCCCAAAAGCCCCCGAGCUUCUCAGCUCCGUAGGAAAUCUUACGAUUCGAGGUACUCUUCUCUUAUCAAACUAGCCGAGUCUCUUGACGCCUCAAAACCAAACGAUGCUGAUGUUUGCGAUGUCAUUACUGGCUUUGGUGGUAAAUUGUUUGAGCAAGAUGCUGUUGUUACUCUCAAUAACAUGACUAACCCUGAAACUGCGCCACUUGUGUUGAACAAUCUCUUGGAGACGAUGAAACCAACCAGGGAAGUGAUUCUCUACAAUGUCACCUUGAAGGUGUUUAGGAAAAGCAAGGAUCUUGAAAAGUCAGAGAAGCUGUUCGGCGAAAUGCUUGAGAGAGGUGUUAAACCGGAUAAUGCAACUUUCACUACGAUCAUUAGCUGUGCUAGGCAGUGUGGUGUGCCUAAGAGAGCUGUUGAGUGGUUUGAGAAAAUGUCUUCUUUUGGAUGUGAGCCUGAUAAUGUCACAUUGGCAGCUAUGAUUGACGCUUACGGGCGUGCUGGUGACGUUGAGAUGGCUUUGAGCUUGUAUGACCGUGCAAGGACUGAGAAUUGGCGUAUUGACGCUGUUACUUUUUCGACUUUGAUUAGGAUUUAUGGUGUUUCUGGAAACUAUGAUGGGUGUCUUAAUAUCUAUGAAGAGAUGAAGGCUCUUGGGGUGAAGCCUAAUCUUGUUAUUUACAAUAGGUUGUUAGAUUCAAUGGGUAGAGCUAAGAGGCCUUGGCAGGCUAAGAUAAUCUACAAGGAUCUUAUUAGCAAUGGCUUUACACCCAACUGGAGUACUUAUGCUGCUCUUGUUAGAGCUUAUGGUAGAGCUCGUUAUGGGGAUGAUGCUCUUGCUAUCUACCGCGAGAUGAAGGAUAAAGGAUUGUCUUUAACUGUGAUUCUUUACAAUACUCUCUUGUCCAUGUGUGCUGAUAUCGGAUAUGUGGAUGAGGCUUUUGAGAUUUUUCAAGAUAUGAAGAACUCUGGGUCUUGUGAUCCGGACAGCUGGACCUUCUCUUCGCUUAUCACAGUGUACUCUUGCAGUGGGAGGGUUUCAGAGGCUGAGGCGGCUCUUCUUCAAAUGAGAGAAGCUGGUUUUGAGCCUACUCUUUUUGUUCUGACGUCAGUUAUCCAGUGUUAUGGGAAAGCCAAACAGGUAGAUGAUGUUGUGAGGACAUUCGAUCAAGUGUUGGAACUGGGCAUUACUCCGGAUGACAGAUUCUGUGGGUGCCUUCUGAAUGUAAUGACCCAGACACCGAGUGAGGAAAUUGGUAAACUCAUUGGCUGUGUCGAGAAGGCUAAGCCAAAGCUUGGUCAAGUGGUAAAGAUGUUGGUCGAGGAGCAAAACUGCGAGGAAGGGGUGUUCAAGAAGGAAGCAUCUGAGUUGAUUGAUUCCAUUGGCUCUGAUGUAAAGAAAGCAUAUUUGAACUGCUUGAUUGAUCUCUGUGUCAAUCUCAAUAAGUUGGAAAGAGCUUGUGAGAUCCUACAACUUGGACUUGAAUGUGACAUUUAUACGGGUCUCCAAUCGAAAUCUGCUACCCAAUGGUCCUUACAUCUAAAAAGUCUCUCUCUGGGGGCAGCCUUGACCGCUCUUCAUGUUUGGAUGAACGACUUAUCAGAGGCAGCUCUGGAAUCUGGAGAAGAGUUCCCUCCGUUGCUUGGAAUCAACACUGGACAUGGGAAACACAAAUACUCAGACAAAGGUCUGGCAGCUGUUUUCGAGUCUCACUUGAAAGAGCUAAAUGCUCCUUUCCAUGAAGCUCCGGAUAAGGUUGGCUGGUUUUUGACUACUAGUGUUGCGGCAAAGGCAUGGUUGGAGUCUAGACGCUCAUCUGGAGGAGUUUCUGUGUAGCUUUUGUAACCGAUAUGUUUAUCAAGUGCUGCUACAUUAGCUGACCACAAUAAAGAAAAGGGUUAGUGGGCAUAUGAUGGUCUGCACGUUGGUCCAAGAGCUGAAUAUAAAUUGUUCGCUUCAUGGCUUCAUCACAUAACUCUGAACCAUGGGAAACUGUAUUCACUCAUCGCUCUGCAACAAGGUCACAGAUGUCUGGUCAGAUGAUGAGGCAUCAACAGAGAAGGCCAAGGAUUCACCUAAAGAUGCAGCUGAGAGCAAAACUGGGAGAAAGCGGUGCAUAAAGAUCACUCUGACAAGGAAACAGCUCGAGCUGCUGCUGCGGCAAAACCCACAAGGCGUUUUGUUACAGCAGAAAUGGAAGCCAUCUUUGCAGACAAUAGUAGAGGUAGAUAGCUUUUGAUUCGCUUUGCUGUAUAGUUUUGAAUCUGUUGAAGCUGAGAAGCAGAAAGGAGAUAAGUUUUGAGAACAAAGAACAACUCAGUCUACUAGUUGUAAAUUUUGGGUUCAGAAAAUCUUAUGACUGCUGAUAUAUGUAAAGUGAUCAAUACAGUUCUUAUAAUAAUGGGUUUGUUUUUGAAAACCCAUUAAUGGAGAAUGUCAGAGUUAUUCUGA